CAAACACACAGUGCCCCCCACACACACACACACCAUCACCACCAUCCACGCAUAUACUGUGCACUCAUUUUCAUGUACAGUAGCCUUUGCUGACACGAAAGCAGAGUCACCACCCCAGUUCCUUGAUGUAAAGUGAAGUAAAGGGGAAGUAUGACAAUCUAUAAAUGUUUGCUGUGGAAGACGGGAAACACGCACAUCACUGACUGAAGAGUAGAAGAGGGCAAAGCGGUAGACGAGGAUUACUGAGGGGUGAGGAGGUGAAGCCAAAGGAGGUGACAGACAAUAAGACAAUCAACAGCCACAGCAGGAAGAGCUGAAGAUGGGUGGACGAGCUGCACAGAGCGGCUGGCUGCUGAUCACACUCUUUCUGAAAGGUAUUCUUGCCGGUGAUUGGUCAGUACAGCUCCCUUCCAGUCCUAUCUGUGCUGUGAUUGGUUCCUCAGUGGUUUUCCCUUGUUCCUAUGACUACCCACAAAAUUGUAAUAAAAACAAAGAGGAGGGAGGGCCCUCUGCACAGGGUGCAAAAGUACAAGUUUUGGCCGCAAUGUGGUGUCUUGAAGACAGUCGCUGUAUCACACCAAGAUAUGUCUUCCAUAGUGACGGUAUCUUCCCAGAUCCAUCCUACCAGAACAGGGUGGAGUACCUGGGACAGUCAGGAACUAAAAACUGUUCUCUGAGGAUUUCGGAUGUGAGACAGUCAGACAGUGGAACAUACGUGUUCUACCUCAUCACCAACCACACUACACAGAAGAUGCCAGAGCAGAGUGGCGUACAGCUGCUGGUGGCAGACUCGUCCAGCGCUGUCACAGUUUCAGCAAGUCCCUCCAGGGGCAUCACCGAGGGCGCGACCUUACAUCUGGCCUGCUGCAGCCCCAUGUCCGGCCCACAGGACCAUUUCAGAUGGUACAAGAAUACAAGCACCAGCCCAAGACACAGUGGACAGGUGUGGACCAUCACUCAGGUCACAUCUAAUGACUCCAGCAGCUACUUCUGUCAGAUACAGACUGGAGACAAAGUGAAGAGCUCUACAAUGCUGUCUGUUGAUGUAGAGUACUCACCUAGAAACACAACCAUCUCAUUCUCUCCUGCUGGAGAGGUACAGAACAGACUUCCUGUGACUCUGACCUGCAGCAGUGAUGCUAAUCCACCUGUCCACACAUACACCUGGUACCGAGGUGAAGCAUGUCUCCCUACAGCAGACAAAAGCUUACAUCCAGCAAGACAAUCCCUGGCUACGCUCACAGGAAGUGGCUCAACAUUCAGUAGUGCCAACAUCACCACUGAGGAAUAUGGGCAGCACUGCUGUGUAGCACGAAACAGACAUGGAUCACAGACUAACAGUGUAACUCUCAGAAGUUCCAGAGCGAUUACACCAUUUGAGUCUUCAGGAGGCAGAAAGUUGCUUAUUGGAGGAACCGUCAUUGUUCUACUAGCCAUUAUAGCCAUUGUGGCUUUUAUCAUAACAAGGAGACGGAAGUCAUCAAGACACCGGUCAUAUGUCCUCACCGAGACAACAGCUAGAGAAUCUUAAGGAUCUAGCAAGACCAGAAAUUAUUCUGCACAAACACGCAAACACGCUCCAACUAUCAAAAACCACAAGAGACCUUUUUUGUUAUCAUUUUCAAGUAACUAAAAUAGGUGAACAUUUAAAUUAAUAUGCUGUAACAGUUUUUUUUUAGUGUUGGAGCCCAUGGCUGAAAUCAUGUACACAGAACAAAAAACACUUCCAUUAAUGCCUCCAUUUCAAUGCACUGAGCUGAGCAAGGAUGGACAGAGCUGACUUUGGUUUUCAGACUAGCUGCCUAAUUUUAAAAUGGACAGAUCUGAAGCUGAAGUCGAACUGUUGGGACAAAUUUACUGUGUUGGCUUGUGGCUUUCUGAUCGUUUGCUACGUUUGUUUCAGUGCAGAUGCUAAAUGCUGCUUUCAGGAUUUAACCUUCUACUCUGUGAUCUACUCAGUUGAAUUGUUGCAGUAAGAGCUGUGAAUAUGGAUGCCAUGGUCCAUUACAUAUGAAGACCAUAGAUGACAGAUGCUAUUAGUAUUAAUACCUUUACUGGAGUUUAACAACACACCACAGAGUACAACAAGUAUUGUAUAAGCAGUGUGUAGAAAUAGGAAAUCGCUUAAGCAGAAAUGUUUGUUGAUGAGACAAGCAGUUAUAAUGAUCCAAUUAAAAGCUGUUAUGACUGGA